ACACUUUGGUUCCAUUAAUGGCAGACAAAAUCUCAGUGAUUAAUCCUUUGUACUGUGUUCCUAAAUCUGUCAGUAUACAAAUUAAUACUGAGAAAGGAAUUGCUUACGGUGAGAAGGAUGAUCGUCUCUUCUAUAUUGAUGACACCUUUUUCACACUUCACGACCGUCAUGUCUUAUAUGAUGAUUCAAAGAAACCCAUCGUCACUUUCUACAACAAGAUUAUGAGCUUGCGUGAGCUAUUCAAAGUUCUGAAGGGUGGAAGCAAUGAUUCAUCUGAUUUGCUAUUCUCGGUGAAGGAAGUGAAGAAAUCGUCGACGAUCCAUGGGAUUACUAAAUUAAACGUGUUCCUGGCAGGGAACAAAGAUGAAAAGAAAAGUGACUUUAGAAUGAUCAUUUAUGGAAAUAAACACUCGUGCACUGUUUAUGCCGGUGAAUCUCCUACCGUUAUAGCCAAAAUGGAGAAUAAUGGUGGGUUCAAUGUCUUGGUGUAUCCGAACGUGGACAACGCAUUCAUAGUGGCACUGUUUAUGAUUGUCAAAGACAUGGAUUGUUCUAAUGAGUCCAACGACAGUGGACAAGGUAGCAGUACUGCCACAAAAAUGAUUUCAACGACUUUAUUGCUUGCUUGAUUCAGGCGACUAAAAUAAAUGUAUCCUUUAAGAAUUCAAGUCCUCUCUAUAAUGUAUUUUAUAGAUGUCUGUUGUAUUAUGUUGUCUACGACUAUUUCUAUUAUCUUUUAUUCUAUCAAUGAUAGCAAAG